GCGACAUCAUCGCCGCCAUCACCACACACGGCUAGCAUGUCGCGGUCCGGCAGAAGCAAUGUUGCUGCUGCAAGUAGUAGGGAAUCGCCAUCGGCGGGUGGCAUCUUUUCUGUCCCUGCGCCGAUAAAGCAACUUUUCGACCAAUUCCCGCUCCUCACAUACCCCGUCAACGAGUUCCCACAGCGAGCACCACAACACCACAAUGCACAUGUGCUGUACGUCUUCACUACAGAGGAGGGUGCUCUUCGAGGGGCACCAUCCUACAACCCAGCGUGCCUGAAGUGGCAGGCAUAUCUCAAGUUCUCCAAGAUACCGUUCCGGAUAGCCUCAGCGAACAACCAUGCGUCUCCAAGUGGCUCUCUGCCAUUCGUCCUCCCCUCGUCGGAUUCAAUCAAGCAAUCACAACCUGUACCGUCCAAUAAACUACAGCGCUGGGCAAUGAACAAUAGCGACAAGGCAAUUGAAGAGCCAGGAGAUGCGCAAUACGAGGCAUACUUGAGCCUGAUAGACCACCGGAUACGCAGGGCUUGGCUCUACGCUGUGUAUCUCUCCCAGAAUUCCACCACCAUUGCCGAGCCUCUGUAUAUCCUGCCGACCUCGCGCAACUCGUUUGUGCGUCUCGCAAUAUCCCGCGAACUGCGCCUAGCCGCCGAAGCCGAACUCGCCAAGUUCUCCAGCAUCAUUAGUGACGAGACAUUAUAUAACCAGGCAAGCGAGGCUUUUGCUGCACUGGAAACGCUGCUGGGAAAGGACGAUUGGUUCUUUGGAGCGCAGAGGCCGGGCUUGUUUGAUGCGAGUGUUUUCGCAUACACACAUUUGCUAUUGGAUGACAAGCUGGGCAAGGGAUGGGUGGACACGCGGUUGCGCGACGCGCUAAUGGCAUGUAGACGCCUGGUCGCGCAUCGAGAGCGGAUUUUGGCCAAGUAUUUUGAGAAGUCAGCAUAGGCCUGAGGGAUUGUAUGUACGCUUUACGACCUGUAAUAUUAACAAUUAGAUGUGAAUGCCAUGUAGGGCACUGCUGUUCCGUGUGUGGAUUGUUUGGACUCUAUCUUGGAACAAUAGGCUGUGUCUAUGUAAAAGGCAGGCAAAUGGUUAAUGUUCUUUAGCGCGAGCCAGAACACGGCGGAGGGCGCAGGUGUGAGUCAUGUCACGGGAGCCUGUACGACAUAUUUCCCGAUUAGGCAAUUCUGAAUACAAGUUCAGCAUGGAGAGGGCGCGGAGAAGAUUCAUUGGCCAAGACACUACAACUAUAUAGAUGGUGUCAGGCACCCAUCCAACACGACGAGAACAACGACAACGCAACUCAAACUCUUUCCUCU